CACCGUCUCAAUGGGAAAAACAACAUCAGCAACCACCCUGGCUACACUACAAGCUGAGCUAUCGAGCUAACAUUGCCUAGGUUAGGUCUAUAUUUUUGCCUAUUGUUAUGUCAAAGGCCGUUCAUUGUAUUUGAUUUAAAUAGAUGCAACACUAGAUUUGACAAGGUAUGCUAUUGUGUUUGUGUUUGGCCUCUAAAACGUCUCCUUCCUCAUUCUCUAAAAGGAAAUUGUAUUUUGGAUACCGGCCAUAACGGAACGAGCUGUUCAGCACGUCGCGUUCCAGUCAGCCACAGAGCUCGUGGAGUAUACUAUAGACUACCCAUUCUCAAACAUCGAGACCUUCUCUACGAUGCAGCUCACCGUGCACCCGGCACACUUUUUAAAACGUGACUCGCGCACCCCGUAGGAAACGUGCAUCUAGAGGAUCCCCGUUUUAUAUUUUUCUUUAAUAAUUUACGAUAUACAUGCGAGUGUGAAUGGAUUUUCGAAGUGACUCGAAGAUACAGAUGGAGUAGAGGGCCGUAGGGUACCGUGUGUGCCGCAACAGCUUCGCUUAUAGCUUAUUGGUCCAGAACCACUCACUGUCAGCAUCUGACGCAGGCACAGCGCCUAUCCGCGGUUCGGACUUGGACACCUGACAUAUUUUUUUCCCCUGUUUCCCGUUUCUCUCAUCACGACCGCGGUUCUGCAACCGGACUCUCUCGCUUGAUGGAAACCGAGGCUGUGCGCCCAGUUGCAGUCAUGCUGCCUCCGAAGAACUGCCUUCCAAGGAACUACAGCUGCAUCGCCGGGCUGUUUGGGAGCUUGGCUGCGGCGAACCCGAUGCUGGAAGAUGGGGAGGACUUGGAGUUGAUGAACGGUACCUGCGAACCCAUCGAUACCCCGGUAGUCGACGAGCGACCAAGGGGUCGUGAAAUAUUCCUCAAACCACCGCAGAGUCCGAACCUGCGACGGAGAUGCAAAUCCUUACCGACCCCCAUCGAGAGAGCUAAACUAGAGAUUAUCCGCAGUCGGAGCCCAACCAGUGAGAAAAAGGUCCGUUUCGCUGACUCCCUGGGUCUCGAGCUGAUCUCCGUUAAGCACUUCGACGACACAGACAUGCCCGAGGUCCCCGAGCGCAUUUUAGCCAAAUUCCCCAGGGGUCCCCUCCAUCUGAACGACCUUGAUAAAUUCCCCCGGGCACCCAACCGGUCUGUUUUUAUGGAACUGCAGUUCUCAAACCCCGGGACGAUGCCUGGCUUCGAACAGAAGGUGAGAGAAGUUAAAGUGUUGUUGGAAACAGUCGAAGCAGACGAAUUCAGCUUGUCCGGUUUCGUGCGUGUGUUGAAUCUGGCUUUUGAGAAAAGCGUGCAUCUAAGGUAUUCUCUCAACAAUUGGAUAACAUUUAUGGACAGCCUUGGGUCUUACGUGCCCAACUCAAGCGAUGGUGUGACGGACAGAUUCUCUUUCAAGAUCAUCACUCCGACGUUUCUGUCGAGUGGAGGCACACUGCAGUUUGCUAUUAAGUAUUGUGUCGGGGGUGACGAGUAUUGGGACAACAACAACGGGAACAACUACAAAGUACGACGCCACAGGUUCAAGAUGUCCCCACCGCGCGAGUGGGAGAACGGUUGGAUACACUUCAUCUAGUUUGCGCCCCGCCGCGUCUCCAACAACGCGUAAUCGUGUAUUCGGCGCGCAAUUGUUCCACGGGCACCACUUUACCUUAAUAAUGGCUUGAUAUUGAUGAUUCGACUGCCAUCGACAGAUAUGGGCCUGUACACUGUUCCCAUCAGACAUUGUCUUAAAUCAGCUUUUUCACUUCUGACAUUUUUGCUCUGCCCCUGCUUGAAGGAUUUGACAGGAUUAAAAGAUACGCCCCUAUAGGUUCCCGGUACCGGGGGGUGCAGUAUGACAAUUUACCUUGGAUGUUGGGUCUCUGUACAGUCCGGUGAUACCGGUAGGGCACGACCAUGUUCUUAUAUAAUGGAGAGACACGUGCCAUAGAAAACGUGCCCGGAAUUAAUUCAGUUUACGCAUCAUUGUUCCUUCCCAAGAGGCAGUUAUGUUGGCAGCUGUUAUCAAAUUAGAUUGUUUAAUUGAUGAGCCUCUUGACUACCGUGUCUUGAGUGUGGUCCUAUUUGAAGUGAUAACCGAGGCUGUGGAAAUAUAACAGUGAAAGCUUCCUCCAUCACUGCUCCCACUUCAGGCACCUGUCAUGCCGGUUACCAGUCGGUAGCCCUCAUUAGGAAACUCCUUCACGCGAGGACAGGACGUGAGCACUAACUAAUGUUCGAUUAGUCGGAAGCAAUUAAGAUCUGUAACAAUGUGUAUGAUGUUGAUAAGAUAUCACGGAUGUUUAAGAACCCACUCCGUUCUAGACUUUUCUGACUUCCAAUCGUUGCACAUAAAGACAAUUGUGUGCUAAAUCAUUCUCGAUAAGAUAUGUCUUCUUACUUUUUAACGUUAGAACAUAAACGUCGUAUAGAAUAAUAUAAUUGCCCUCUCAAUUGAUAGUUUGACAUCGAAAUUCUCCCACAAGUUUGUUAGAAAUGGAUUAGAACACGAUGUUCUACCAGUGGGGUUUGUUAAAUGCCGGUAGCCAAUGAGUGAACCAUGCGUGCUGCACCCCCCCGAACCCCUCCUGCGCCCCCAAUACAUACACAGAGUGUGAUAUUCGUCAAUUUCCCCAAAAGCCAAAUACUGUAGCCAGCACAAUUUCCAAUACGAUUUGGAUUAUGUAGAUAUGACCAAGAAAACCAAAUGGCCAUCUCCAAUAUUGUAUUACGUGUUAGUAGGCUAGUACAUUGUAACUGCUUCGAUAAUUCACUCUUAGUCAGCUGCCUCACCCUUUUCAGUUCAUCUGCAUGCAGCUCGUAUUCAUAAACCUGGGCUACGGUAAUAAUAUACAAAAACCACCAGAACUGUGCUAAAAUGACACCUUAUGUAUACUGUGGAUAUUCGUUGACUUGAAAUGCAACUGUUGCUUUUUAAAAUGAUACAUUUACCUCAGAUCACUUCUAGUGUGGACCUCACAAACUUCCGAAAAAAAAUCAGGUUUGUAACUUUUUUUAUUUAUUCAGAAUGAACACAAUGUAACAACUCAACUAAAUUUUAUACAAAUGUUACCAAAUGUCAUGAUAUUUCUGUCUCAGAAAUCAGAAAAGCAUCUGAUUAUUACGGCGUACUUCCAUAUGUACGUCCGAUUUUGCAACAGCAUCAUUACUCGAGCGUGUCUUGUGCAUAUCCGUAUUAGUCUGUAACAUUAGCUACAGCAGCUAUUGCACUGAUGAAAGUGUCUAAACUGCUUCUGAAGUCACCGUACCUUUGAUUUUAGCAUUGACCUACCCUGUACCAUAGAUAACUGUUUGAUUGCUUGAGCUGACGCGUGUAAGAGCUUGAAGAUAAACACAUUAAUGGGGACACAGCUACGCACUCACCGUGAGAGAUUGACAGCGACAUAGGAAUGACAAAUUGCCUGUUUAACCUUUUUUGACGUUUUCUUAUUUCGUUUUUUUGCUUGUGCCAUCUGAAUCUGAGACAGAGAAAUCUUGGAAAUCUACCAGGAAUACCACACCUCAAAUGACUCUCUCAGAUAGACAGUGUCAACACGCUGUAUACCGUAUGUUUAUCAGCUGGAGCACUAGGAGAGGAUCCAUUUUGAGGCGUGUACACUGGUGUACUGCUUUGCUUAUGGGUUCCCUCUAGGCCUAUCAGUUCAGACUCUGCGGUCGGCUCAGAUGAUAGUACUGUGUUAGUUACUGUACUGGCUGUAAUGUCAACACAACCAAAUAGGAAGCCCUUUGUUUACAGGAGGAAGGGUGUUCAUAGCUUUGCCCUUAAGAUUGGAAGACUGGUAAAGGCUGAGCAGAGAUGUCUGGUGUCCAGACUGACAGACAGACAGACAGACAGACAGACAGACAGACAGACGGAUGGAUGGAUGGAUAGA